AUGAAAUUUAUUUGUUUACUCUUCACCUAUUUGUAUGCAAUAUUUAUUUUGAUUCAGCUAAUAGAUUCGACAACCGUUUUGUCAUCGUUGAAACGCGAAGUACGAUUUACCGUAUUUGAACUUGUCAGCGUAAACAAAACGGUUGCAACGAUUCAGAGAGCAACAUUUAAACAGUUUUAUGAUAAACAAAUGCUAUUUGUACAUGCUUUGGUUCACGAAAGUAUUUCAGAUUUGGAGGUAACUUUUAGUGUAUCUAAAUGUAAAGAACAUUUCAUCGAUUGUGUCAAUGUUGUAUCGUAUGAGAUUCAGAACGUGUGUUCAAAAUUAAAAUUACUUACACAAUUUAGUGACGAUAAAACAUCAAACAGCCAGUUUUUAUCAUGUCCUUUAAUGGGUGAUUACGACUUCAAAAAUGUAUCGAUCGAAGCUAACAAGUUUGGAACCAUGUUUAGUUUUCCUACUGAUAAAUGGUGGGAAAAUUAUUGGAAAUUCAAAGUUACGUCUUACACUAAAGGUAAACAAGUAUCAUUGGUUGAUGCGUAUGUAGAUUUUUAUUUUAUAGAAUUUCGAAGCCGAAAUCGUCCACUCAAAAACUAAUAAUAACAAUUUGACAUUAUUAAUAAUUAAGUACUGAAUAAAAAUAGAACUUCCAUCAAAAUGAAUCUAA